AUGAAGGUCCUUCUUGUUCUUUACGAUGCUGGCUCCCAUGCCAAGGAUGAGCCCAAGCUGCUUGGAUGCACCGAGAACGAGCUCGGUAUCAGAGACUGGCUCGAGUCUCAGGGACAUACCCUUGUAACUACGUCUUCCAAGGACGGUGCCGACUCUGUCCUCGACAAGGAGAUUGUCGAUGCCGAUGUAGUCAUCACCACCCCCUUUCAUCCUGGAUACAUCAACAAGGAGCGAAUCGACAAAGCCAAGAAGCUCAAGAUUUGCAUCACUGCUGGUGUCGGCUCUGACCACGUCGAUCUCGACGCUGCCAACGCCCGAGAUAUUGCUGUUCUCGAAGUCACCGGCUCCAAUGUCCAGUCUGUUGCCGAGCACGUUAUCAUGACCAUGUUGGUCCUGGUGCGAAACUUUGUCCCUGCUCACGAGCAGAUCAUCUCUGGCGGUUGGGACGUUGCUGCUGUUGCCAAGGACUCAUACGAUCUCGAGGGUAAGGUCAUCGGCACCGUUGGAGGAGGCCGAAUUGGCCAGCGAGUGCUCAAGCGAUGCAAGCCCUUCGACCCCAUGGAGAUGCUCUACUACGACUAUCAGGCCAUGCCAGCUGACGUUGAGAAGGAGAUUGGAUGUCGUCGAGUCGAGUCUCUCGAGGAGAUGCUCUCUCUUUGUGACGUGGUCACCAUCAACUGCCCUCUGCACGCUUCCACCAAGGGCCUGUUCAACAAAGAGCUCAUCUCGCACAUGAAGGAUGGUGCCUGGCUCGUUAACACCGCUCGAGGAGCCAUUUGUGUCACCGAGGACAUUGUCGAGGCUCUCGAGUCCGGUAAGAUCCGAGGUUACGGCGGAGACGUUUGGUUCCCCCAGCCUGCCCCUAAGGACCACCCCUGGAGAACCAUGCGAAACAAGUACGGGGGAGGAAACGCCAUGACUCCUCAUAUCUCCGGAACUUCCAUCGACGCCCAGGGCCGAUAUGCCGAGGGCACCAAGAAGAUCCUUGAGGUUUUCUUUUCUGGAAAGCAGGAUUAUCGACCCCAGGACAUUAUCUGCAUCAAUGGUCACUACGGCACAAAAGCUUACGGAGAUGACAAGGAGCACAAGGAGCACCAGCUCAAGUAA